AUGGAUGAAAAAAUUAAUGUCUCAGUAACGGUAGAACAGCUAAGAGCAGCAAGAAACGACACAUCAAAGCAACUACUCCCUCUGGUCAAGCUUGGCAAAUAUUACUUAAAAAAGGCGAAGACAACCGCAAAUGGGGCUGAUUUCACAAAAGCCGACGCAAUUUUCAAUGCUGCUCUUGUAAGAUCGAGACUUGUGAACGAUGAAAAAAGCGAAAACGAAAUACUUCAAGAAAUCGUUGAUAUUUAUCGCGAAUUUCUGUUGUCUUUGGCAAAUGAUGUGGAGGUCAGCUGUGUAGAUGAGAUUCGCAACGAAAUUGAUUCUCAUAAGGAGUUCGUAGCCAACGAGAGACGGGUCUUCAAAGAGCGUCUUGAUGAAAUCGAUUCUUGCUUCAAUACGACUGAUAAAACCGAGGAUGAAUAUAAGGUAUAUUUGAAAAUUAAAGUGUAA